ACUUCACUCUUCAAAAUCUUCAUUUGAAUGAAGAGUUAAAUUAUUUUUCCUUAAUUGUAGUUUUUAUGGUUUAAUUAUGACCUCAUCGGUUUUUCCCGAUCUUUACACCAAAGGUUCACGAAUUUGGACUCCGGAUACUGGUCAAGUAUGGAAAUUAGCCUUUAUCAAAGAAAAUUAUGUCCCAGAGAAUAAGAUUCUUAUCGUCACUGAUGAAGAUCACCAGGAGAUAACUCUCACUAUCGAAAGUGUCGAUAAAUUGCCUCCACUUCGUAAUCCAGAUGUUCUAAUUGGUGCUAACGAUUUAACGAGUCUCUCUUAUCUUCAUGAGCCAGCAGUUCUUUAUAACCUACGCGUACGUUUCUUAGAUCAAAGGUCAAUUUAUACCUGGUGUGGUAUCGUUUUGGUUGCUGUUAAUCCAUUUGCUGAGCUUGACAUUUAUGGAGAGGAAACAAUUAAAACAUAUCAUAGGUCAUUGGGAACCAGUCAAUUGGAUCCUCAUGUUUACGCGGUUGCUGAAGAUGCUUAUUCAAAAUUGGAAAGAGAAUCUUGUAAUCAAUCGAUUAUCGUCAGUGGAGAAAGUGGUGCAGGUAAAACCGUUUCCGCCAAAUUUGCCAUGAGAUAUUUUGCUUCCAUUGCUGGUAGUCAUUCAUCAAACAUUGAGAACAAAGUUCUUGCAAGUAAUCCAAUCAUGGAAGCCAUUGGUAAUGCUAAAACAACACGUAAUGACAAUUCCUCUCGAUUUGGUAAAUACAUUCAAAUCAUGAUGGAUCCGCAAACAAGAUCAAUCAUCGGUGGUAAUAUGAGAACCUACUUACUGGAAAAAUCUCGUGUCUCUUGGCAAAAUGAGGGGGAACGAAAUUUUCACAUCUUCUAUCAAUUGUGCAAUCAUUUUAAAACGGGUAACAUGGAUUAUCUUAGACUUAACGAGGAAUACUCAUUCUCCUAUUUAGGGAACGUGCAAACUAAUCCAAGUGAUGAUAUUAGUCGAUUCUAUGAGGCAAUGCAAUGUUUAGGAUUCACUGAUAAACAACAAUCGACAAUAUUUCAAAUAAUAGCCGCUGUCCUUCAUGCUGGAAACAUUCAAUUCUGUCUAGUUGAUGAUGAAUCAUGUACAGUUGAUCUAGACGAUCCUCAUCUAAUCAGUUUCUGUGAACUUCUUGAUCUUGAUCAUGCAACGGCCGUCAAAUGGUUAACCAAUAAGGUUAUCAGAAUGGGUCGAUCAGAAGUAAUUGUUACUCCAGUUAGUAAAAAUUCAGCUCAAUAUGGUCGAGAUGCUUUGGCCAAAUUCAUUUACGAGAAAAUGUUUCUCUGGAUUGUUGCUCUAAUCAACAAAGCUCUAGGUCCAUCCGAGAAAAAUUCGUCUUCCAAUGUUUUCAUUGGUGUUUUAGAUAUUUAUGGGUUUGAACAUUUCGAGAUAAAUUCUUUUGAACAAUUUUGCAUCAACUAUGCAAAUGAAGCUCUUCAACAGCAAUUCAAUCAACACGUAUUCAAGUUGGAACAAGAAGAAUAUAUUAGGGAAGGAAUUGAUUGGCAAUUCAUAACUUUCACUGACAAUCAACCGGUAAUUGAUCUCAUUGAAGCUAAACCAAUUGGAAUCCUCAAUCUUUUAGAUGAAGAAUGUAAAAUGCCAAAAGGAACUGAUGAAACUUGGGUAUCAAAGUUAUACGCUCAACUAACGAUCGGACCAAUUUUUCAGAAACCUAAAUUUGGCUCCAGAAACACCUUCAUAAUUCAACAUUUCGCCGAUAAAGUUGUCUAUCAUGCUGAUGGUUUUCUUGAAAAAAAUCGUGACACUGUUUGGGAAGAGCAAAUUGAUUUACUUAAACGGUCAAGUAUAAUUGGACCUCUGUUCAAUGAAGAUUCGGGUAUUGACUCGGCACCUCAGAAACCAGGACAGAAACUUAAAAUUACUGCAAAUCAACAACAACAACGACAACAGAAAAUUGCCAAAGCAACAGUUGGCUCACAGUUCCGUGAAUCUUUAGCUGCUCUUAUGAAAACCUUAAAUGCUACUACUCCUCAUUAUAUACGAUGUAUUAAACCAAAUGACAACAAGGGAGCCUUUGAAUUUGAAAAUUUACGUGCAAUUCAACAACUGAGAGCCUGUGGUGUUCUUGAGACAAUUAAAAUUAGUUCUAAUGGAUUCCCAUCUCGCUGGACUUACUCUGAUUUCGCCUCCAGAUAUCGUGUCUUACUUUUCAGUGUCAACAAAUCAAAGAAAACAUCUGAAGCAGAGCCAGUCCCAUGUCCACGGAAAUUGGUUCGAGCAGGAUCAACAACAUCACCUGAAGUUAAAGCGCUUUGUAUGGAGAUCAUUAAACUUGUUUAUGAACAACAAUAUUAUUCUCAAUAUCGGAUUGGACAUGAAACAGCGAAUCACUUACAACAAACACUUUACCAGUGUGGUAAAACGAAGAUCUUUUUCCGCUCUGGCCAGGUCGCUUUACUUGAACGAAUACGAACCGAAAGGCUUCGAGAAUGUGCAAUAAUCUUACAACGAAAUAUAAAAGGUUGGAUGUGUCGUCGACGUUAUAUCAAGAUAAAAUCUUCUGUUCUAAGAUUACAAAGCUUGGCCCGUGGUUUACUUGCUCGUCGUCAUUAUCAACAUUUACGGUGUACUAAAGCAGCGGUUAUCAUACAAUCCAAUUGGAGAGCUUAUAUUUCACGUAAACGGUAUCUUAAACUUAAACAAUCGGCUUUUGGACUUCAAAAAUAUGGACGUGGUUUACUUGCUCGGAGAAAGUUUCUACUUAUCAAGCAAAACUUGGCGGCAAUCGUUAUACAGAAAAAUAUUCGCAUGUUUCUUGCCCGAAGAAAAUACCAAGAUACUCGUAAAAAGAUUGUUCUUGCCCAAUGUCAAGUUCGCCGUUGGUUAGCUCGACGUGAGCUGAAACGACUCAAAGUUGAAGCUCGAAGUGUUGAACAUGUUAAAGCGCUUAACAAGGGUCUAGAAAUCAAGAUUAUCGAAUUACAACAAAAGAUACAAGCUAUCACUUCGGAACGAACUAAAUUCAACCAGAAAGACGCAGAGAUUGAAGAUCUAAAGAAUGAAAAGAAUAAACUUGAAAUGGAAAUUAAAAAUCUCCAAAAUAAAUUAACUGUAACUGGAAUGGAAUUUGAAAAGUUUACAGUGGAAUGGGAAUUGGCUGGUAAACGAGUUAAUCAACUUGAAGAACAAAUCAAACUUAAAGAUAAAGAGAUUCGUGAACUUAAAGAAACCCAAGAAAAAGAGGAGGCCAAAUUCGAUGCUGAAGCCCUUGAAAAGGUGCUCGCAGAGAAGGAGAAAGUUUUGGUCGCUAAAUUCGAAAGAGAACGCAAAAUACUUCUCGAUGAAAGAGAGUCCGAAAAAACUGCCCACCAACAACUUUUACGAAAAUAUUCCGCUUUGGAAGAGAAACUACAAUCUAGCGAUGAAAUAUCUUUCUAUGAAGAAAAGGGACCUGAUAUAUCGACAGUUUCCCUUAUGAUGCGUUUAUCUGAACUCGAACAAGAAAACGCUAAAUUGAAACACGAAAAUCAAGAAAUGAGAGAAGCGUUUGCAAACUUUUCAAGUAGCUCUGAGACUUCAACUGCUGCCGCUUUACUUUCUUCUCAAUGUGCAACCUUACAAUCAGAAUUAGAUCGAGUUCGAGAAGAGCGAACCAACCUGAAAACAAUUGUUCUUGGACAAGAAUCAAGUAUUCGUGAACCAAUUGCCGAGAAUGAAGUUUUCUCUGCUUUCAAAUCAAUUAUCAAACAAUUAGAGAAAGAGGUUGAAAUUGAGAAACGAGCCAAGGAAGAGAUGAAAGGAGAAAUGGAUUCACUACGAUCAAAUAGUAGUUUAGGUUAUAAAUCACUAAAGAAUAGUUUAGAUUCAUGUGGAUCAUCAAAUGAAGGCAAUCGAACUCUUCAGGAGAAAAUUCUUCUGGAACAAAAGUGCAAUCAGUUAACUGAAGAAGUUAAAGCACUUAGAUUGAAACUUCUUCGUCACAAAGUUCUUGGUGAUCAAGAUGAAAGCGAAAACAAUCAAGAGAACAGUGGACCUCAAGAAGAUAUUAAAAAUUCCCUUGGAAUGUUCAAAUAUAAUCGACAAGAUGAAUCGCUCAUCCUGCGAAUGGUUGUCAUCAAUUUGGACCCAAACGUCGCUCUCAAAUUUCCACCUCACUUACCAGCAUUCGUCAUUUUCAUGUGUGUCCGGUACACUGAUCAUAUUAAUGAUGAUUUAAUGGUACGAAGUCUCCUAAACAAUUACAUGAUCUCCAUUAAACGUACCGUUAAAAAGCAAAAUAGUCUAGAUCAUUAUGUUUUAUGGUUAGCUAAUUGUUGUAAAAUGGUAACAUUUAUCCGUCAAUACUCAGGCGAUGAAACUUAUGGUGUUUGUGAUGAAUCUCUUAAAAACUUUGAUCUCAGUGAAUAUCGUCAAAUGUUUGCUGAUUUCUGCCAUUGGCUUUACAGUGGAGUAAUUAGACAUGCAGAGGAAUUGAUUCAAUCACUAAUUGUUCCAGCAAUACUAGAACAUGAAGCUUUGGCCUCAUCGGGAAUUUAUUCUCAACCAGCUAACACACAAAGGCCCAGUGUUUCAGAUCAAGAUAGUCUUCCCAACUCACCGACUGAGAAACACACCGAAACACUGAUACGUGAACUAUCAACACUACACAAGAUUGUACUUCUUCAUGUCGUCGAGCCAGAUUUAAUUCAUCAAAUAUUCAAGCAAUUGUUUUACUUUAUUUGUGCAAGUGCUCUCAACAAUUUACUAUUAAGAAAGGACCUUUGUCAUUGGACAAAAGCGAUGCAAAUAAGAUUCAAUCUUUCAGCACUUGAACAAUGGGCUCGUGAACAGCAAAUACCCAAUUGCAAUGAAGUAGUUGAAAAAUUAGAGCCGAUUAUUCAAGCAACUAAAUUACUCCAAGCUAAAAAGACUGAAAGCUCAAUUGAAACAAUCGUUGAAGUUUGCAACAAACUCAGUUCAUCACAAAUCAUGAAGAUUCUUACUCUUUACACUGCCGGUGAGGAAGGACCGAUUUCACCUCAAUUCAUCAAACAAGUUCAACUCCACCUCCAGAAAACCCGUGGGGAUACACAGUCGUCUACUCUCCUCAUGGAAACAAAGUUUUCCUUUACAGUGACCAUUCCGUAUAACCCGUCGAUCGUACGAUUCCAGACAAUUACCAUUCCAAAUGAUUUAAUCAAAAAGGGAUUAGGAACAGUUCUUAUUAGAAUUUAAAUUUCUUCUCUAAACUUUGUUGAAUCAACAAAAGCCAAAUCAACUAUUUCCAACGAGGAAAAAAAGAGAUACAAAAUUGAAUAUGUUGGCAUAAAAAACACCGAAGGCUAUUCACUUGAACAUCAAGUCAACCUUGGAGAUUUUCAUCUCAUGUUCAUAAGCACAAUUAUUACAUUCAUUUGUUUUUGAAUGUAAUUUGCAUCUCUUGUUAAUCUGUGACUUCAACCACUUCCUCCCACCCCUUUCUCCUAUUUAUUUAAUCACCUUGAGUUUAGAUUAAGGUAGUUAAUCCGAUUUGUCUUUUUAAUUUAUUUAAUUUUUCUACUUCGUUUUUUUCACUUAGGCUUUUUUUCGUCUUCUCCGACACUUGUAUCAUCUCUCUCUUUCUCUCUCUCUCCUUGUCUCUUGAAUAUCUAUGAUUACUGUUGUUUUACUAAUUGUUACACUUGUUAGCCAGUAAUCAACGUUGAUCUUUACCAAUUUGAUUUAUUUUUUCACACAAAGACAGUAUCAGGUCACAAUCCCACAAGGUUGACAAUUUAAUGUUAAUCUAAUACACAGAAAAUGUUUAGAUAUCAGUUAUAACUAUUUCCUUAAUCAAUAUUUUGUUAGUUGACCAUAAAAUGAUAUCAAUUGUUUAUUUGUGUUAUUAUUUUGUGUGUUAAUUGUUGCAAUAUUGAGUGAGAGCAACAAAAAAGGCAAGCAAAUGAUUAACUUUCACUUUUUUUUUGUCAUAAUGAAACAUCAAUUGUGAUUAAGAUUUUCAAAGGUUUACAAGUAAAUUAUAACAUAUAAUUUAAAGGACACACCACAAUUAACUACGACAACAUCACUCCAAUAAAUUAUGGAAAGUGCAAUUUUCAAUGUAACAAUUUAGAUUUACUAAUUAUUAAUAUUAUCAAAUGUAAAUCACUUCUUACCUCUUGUCUAUUUAAAAGUGUAAAAGUGAUAUAAAACACCCAGUGAAUUAAAAAAAAAUCAAAUGAUAAUCUAAAAAA